AUUGGACCCCAGAAGACUUUUACCCCAUCACCUGCACAUCAGAAGACUAGUUUUGCCUGUGCUGGUGUGACGUCAUUGUAAGAGAAAGCCUGUGGUCUUGGUAUCUGGGGAGAAGUCCUAAGGUCCCAGGUGACUUCAAAUGUCACACUGGGAAAGGGGACUGGAUGGGGACCGGGGUGUUGUACUCAAGGGCUCUGCCCGCCAGGUUCCCUCUCCACAUAUUGUAAUAUUCCCCCGCUGUUUGGGAUUCAGUUGUAGUAAGUGAGAUGGAGGGAAGGACAGGCUCUGAGCAGCAUAGCAGUGGGAAACAGGUUCUUGGGACGAUGACAGCAACCACACAGGUUCCUGCUGUCCCUAGAGAGAAGUAUGCCUUCAGAUGAGUGGUCAGCAGCUGAGGAUGAAGGCCAGCUGUCCCGUCUCCUCAGGAAAUCGAGGGACUCCCCGUUCGUCCCUAUGGGGGUGGCAGGUUUUGUGGCUGUGCUGUCCUGCGGUCUCUACAAGUUGAAGUCCAGAAGAGAUGAAAAGCUGUCCCUUCGUCUCAUCCACGUGCGGGUCGCUGCCCAAGGCUGCGCUGUGGGAGCCGUGACCCUAGGCGUCCUCUAUUCUAUGUAUAAGGACUACAUCAGACCUCGCUUCUUCGAUGGACCCAAAAAAUAAAGCCAGAAGCUGAAAGCAAGGAGAACACAACCCUUCUGAGUGCAGGUCCUUAGAAAAGGAGUCUGACGGUGUGCGGACCCCACUGCAGACUCUCAGAAAGUCUGUGCUGAUGUCUUGGUGUGUUACAGUCAUUCUACAGCCACGGCGGUCUCCUGAGAAUUACC